AUGUUGACAUCAAUUAACAAAACAUUUAGACUUGGAGUNUCGUGCGAAACACAGGAAGACGUGGACUCAUGGAAGGCGUCUUUCCUAAGAGCCGGUGUAUAUCCCGAGAGAGCGAGUUCUUCGGGCGACUCGUCAGCUAAUGGUGGCGAAGACGGCGGCUCUGAAGGAGGCGUUUCCAGUCUUGAUCCACAACUGGAACGACAAGUGGAGACCAUUAGAAAUCUGGUCGACUCUUACAUGAAGAUUGUGACGAAGACUUUCCGUGAUUUGGUUCCGAAGAUAAUAAUGCAUCUCAUGAUCAAUGACUCGAAAGACUUUAUUUACGGCGAACUGUUGGCCUGUCUUUACGCUGCGGGCGAUCAGGCAUCAAUGAUGGAGGAGUCGCCAGAAGAGGAACGCAAGAGGGAAGAGAUGUUGCGUAUGUAUCACGCGUGCAAAGAGGCCCUCCGGAUCAUUGGCGACGUGUCGAUGGCCACCAGUUACGCACCGGCGCCGCCACCCGUCAAAGACGACUGGUCACUGCGCAACUUAGCGCCCUCUCCCACACCCCCGCCGGCAGCGGUUGGUGGCGGAGGAGGCGGUGGCGGAGGCGGCGGUAGCCGACAGGUUGCGCCGCCGAUGAGCAAUCCGAGUCGUCCGGCGCCGCCGCCAGCGGCGAACCCAUCGCGCGGUGCGCCGCCACCGCCGGGCAGACCGGCGCCCAACGUUCCCGGACGCGGCGCUCCACCGCCCGGUAGGGGUCCGUUGGGAGGAAUGCCGCCGCCACUCAUUCCAACACGAGGAAUGCCUAACGUUCCGCCGCGUAUACAACAGGCAGUGACCGACACUAUUCUCGAUGCGUUCGGAAUGCCUGCUCACAAAUAACUGUUCACUCCUUCUUACCUUUCAAUGCAUUAUUCAAAUUAUAAUAUCUAUUAAAUCUUAUUAACAAAUUAUUGACAUUAUAUAACACAUGAAGAGAUUCUGUGCUUUUAUUAUAUUUGUUUGACUUAUUUGUUGAAUACGACGGCGUUUUCGCACAAAAAUCUAUACAACAAAACCAUACAUACAAUUGAUU